GAAGCGGCUGAAGCCGUGCUGUGGCUGUGGCUGUGGUUGGGUGCCGCUGUGUGUGCUGCUGGUGCUGCUGGUGCUGUGGGUGCAGAUGUGGGCAGUCUGGCGCUGGCAGCUGGUGAGGGGCAGCGGGAAGGCAGAGCCGGAGCCCCGCACAGGCACCAGAGCCGCCGGGGGGGAAGCUCGGGAGCCCGGGUCCUGGAAAAAGGCAGACUUCGGGAGGAAGCAAGUGACUUAUGUCAGGAGUUUGAAACGGGAUCGUACCCCACAACAACAACAACAACAACAACAAGAGGAGCAGGAGGGGGAGGGCUGCUGCCACAUCCCCCCUCAACACAGCAAACCCAAGUUUGUUCGAUGGCACAUUGACCUGCAGUCCUGGGCUGGUCCAACACAUUCCUUAGAGGAGGAGGCUGCCAGGUUCCUGGCCUACAUCAGCAAUACUCAGAUCUCUUGUGCCAAUGUAAAUGAAAAGGAUUUAAGUAGCGACCAGGAGUUAACCAUGGAACGGUGGCCUAUCUGCCUGGAUGACAGGUUUGGCCUGUCUCGUCAGAUGCUUCGUGGGCGAUGCCGAAUUUACUCCCUGGGGCUGGAGAUUGAAGACAAGCAUUUCGAAGAGGGCUUGGCCAAGGCGGGAUGUGAAGUUCACUGUUUUGACCCCAGCAUCAAAGAGCCUCAUAUUCAGCAGAGUAACGGUCUGUGGCACCAUCGAGUUUCAGUAGACUGGAGGGACCCCAACCCUGCUAUUGCUGCCCAGAAGCAUUACAGAACUAUAAAAAAACUGGGCACAAUUAUGAAUGAUUAUCAACAUCAAAAGAUUGAUCUUCUCAAGUUAGAUAUGGAGAGUGCAGAGUGGAAGAUUCUAGAAAACCUAAUUUUGGAAAACGUCAUUGAUCAAAUUGGGCAGCUGAUGUUUGUCAUCCACCUACACUGGCCUGGCUUUGAAGUCGGCGGGGAUGACAGCAGUGUAGUGCGGUACUGGUACAGCCUCCUGAAGGAACUGGAACUCAAGAACUUCAAGCUUUUUCACAGUCACAAGAAUCUAAAUAAGCCACAGAUCUUCCUGCAAAAACGUGUGUUCAAUGCUAGCAGCAGCUAUACACUUAGCUGGGUCAACACUCUGUGGAGAUAAUGUUGAAGUAAAGACUAUUGGUCAGAAACUGCAUUGAUCUGUGCUGUGAAAGCAUUGCUCAAAUGCUGCCAUUUUAUCCCAAAUUGGGCCACACCAUAGGGCUUGCAUUCUCUUGCAUCAGAGCAAAUCAUCGGAGAUCAAUGGCAUGCAAUUAUUUAAAUACAAAACAAAACUAUUCUGAAGAAUAGUGCCUUCAGCAUCUGGGACCCUUUGACAGAACAGUUUCAGUAGUACUAGGUGGACCUAUUUCUACAUUGUCACUCUUGAUCUGAUUCCAUGGCCUUGUUGACAGCACAGUGAGCAGAACUACUGUGCGAUUUUGAUAUGAUUAAUGAAGCAGAUGCAUUUAUCAGUCUAUUUGGGUCCGUGUAUAAUGUGAGCAAGUUUAGUCAGCUAUUACACAUCUUAUGAGACAAAGGUUGCUGGAUGGAAGUGCAAUUGGGUCUCUUUGAUCUCUUAGGCAUUUAAAAAGACUCAGUUCUUAGAACAUAGGUCUUAGAGAAAGGUGAUAAAAUGGUCUAAACGUCAGAUUGAAACAAUGGAAAUAAAAGAUUCAAGCGAUUCUUUUAAAUGACCUCCCUUAUUGCCUUUGUUCUAAAUACAUACAGAAGUUAUUGUAUAAAACAAGGAACAAGGCUUGGCAGAGCUGGAAGCCUGGAGUGGGGGAGCUGCUCAAGAAUGCAUUCACAAAUAAUAAUAAUCCUUGCAUUUGAUAUAGUGCUUUUUACUUU